UUGCCACCGUCACAUGAAGAAGAAGAAGACGCCACAAGAGGGCAGGGCUAGUAUAACUGUAGAAGAAGUUCCUGGUAACCUUGGGAAGCUACGCUCAUGUUUGCUGUCCAACACUUUUCUGUGUGUAAUUGAGUGUCUCAGUAACUCCGGUUGUUAGACGGCGGGAGCUGCAGUACUGACUCUAACCUGGUGCAGGCUAAGCCGAAGCUAUAGGCUGUUUACUAACUGUCAGCAGUGAUGUUCGGCUGUUUGGUCGCAGGGAGGUUGGUGCAGACAGACGCGGUGCAGCUUGCCCCGGACAAGUUCCUCUUUAACCUGUCGGACUACGAGAAUGUGAACCAUGUGGUGGUAUUUAUGCUAGGUACCGUGCCAUUCCCUGCCGGCAUGGGCGGUGCCGUAUACUUCUCUUUCCCUGAUCCGGCGAGUGGCGGUCCCGUGUGGCAGCUACUCGGCUUCAUCACCAACGAUAAGCCAAGUGCCAUCUUCAAGAUCUCUGGGCUGAAGGCUGGGGAGGGCGGGGCGCACCCCUUCGGUAUUAUGACCUCUUCUGCGUCUCCCUCCGUUGCUCAGGUCGGCGUGUCAGUGGAGGCUCUGGAGCAGCUGGCUCAGCAGAUCCCGGUGUCCAGCGCCGCCGUGUCCACCGUGGACACCUUCCUGCAGUUCACCCAAAAGAUGUUGGACAGUCUGUACAACUUCGCCUCUUCCUUUGCUGUGUCGCAGGCCCAGAUGCUGCCAAACCCCACAGAGACUUUUAUUCCUUCCAGUUGCAUCCUAAAGUGGUAUGAAAACUUUCAGAGGAGGAUGGCGCAGAAUCCGAAUUUCUGGAAAAACUGAAGGCAUUAAAGACCAAAGAGCAAACCUGCUAAGACAAUUCCCAGGGUGCCUAACAAAAGCAGUGUCGACUUCAUCUCUGUCACAAUGCCUCUUCACCUACAGAAAAACUGCUGCUCACAAUGACUCCAUCCCAUCUUUUAUCGGUCUGAACAAUAAAGCACUUGAAUUUAAAAGGAAAACACAAUUAAAUUGAAUCCAUUCAGUUGGUUUUCAAUGUCUUAGUCUUGCUUAAUAGUUUUCCUCCCAUGAGAGCUUUUAGUUGUUUUGUUAGGGCAUAGGGCAUUUCUUCAGUAUGGUCAAGACCAUGUCUUUGGAAGACAUGAUCAGAAAAAUGAAAUAAGGAAACAUUUGGAUUUUUGUAAUGGGCAUAAAAAUCAGAGGGAAAAGCAAAACAAAAAACAAGUCAGUAUGAUUCAAAGAGAUACACAAGUGCAAGAACAAAACGAAUUAAUUAACAUACAUGCUGAUAUUUAAUUAUCAUAAACUGUAUAAAAACUAAAAUGGGGCAGAUUCAAGAGGUUUGAGAGUGUGUUUAUGAUUGAAUUAUUAGUACUUGUGUUACAAGAUUGCAGUGCUGUGCUCUCAAAGCUUCAUUGAAGCUUCAGUUUGAAGUUAUGUUAAUUAAAUAGUGCAUUUUAAUUUUUGCCAGUUUAUUAUAUUUAUUUCUUCAAAAGAACUGUUUUCCAUUAUAAAAAGUCCAUUCUCAAAACUGUUUUCUUUUCAUUUUUUUGAAGAAUGAAUUUUGAUAUUUUAC